UUAACAGUUUGGUGCUAUUGGGCCUUAUCCUUAACCUUCGAUUACGGUGUGUUAGUUACUGGUUACCCCACACGAACUCUACCUCAUUCCCAUUUCAUAUAUAUACACAUUCACAAACGUUCAAAUCUUCCACACUGUGUUACGUAACCUAAUCCAAUUCUUCAUCUGUGUCUGCGUUCCUCAUGAAUUUCUUCGCAUCCGUUUUCUCCGACUCCGACAAUGCACACCAAAACGAAUCCCAAGAGGAAGCGAAUCGCGAUUCCUCACUGCUGGAGCGCCGAUCUGAUUCCACCGGCGCCGGUGCGUGGGAAAUCGGCGGUCUGUGGAAAAGGCUGAGCGCGAAAUCAGAAUUGAUCAUUGAGACCUACCGUCGCGACCUGCAAGAAUUCGGCACCGGCUUGAAGAAAGAGAUUGAGGUGGCUCAGGGUUCUCUCGAGACGGUGGGCCACGUCGUCGACCAGUUCGGGAACAGCGUUGCGAAAGGCACCGCUCGCUUUAUAUCUCACGGCAAGGACGCCAUCCCCGUCAAUUCCGGGUCCGAAAAUAAUGUUAAUACCAAAAACAAGCACUGUACAGAAAAAGAGGGCUUCAAUUCGAGGCGCUAUAGUAGGUUCGAGGCUCAAGUUCAGGCCAUUCAAGGUGACGUUAGUACUUACAGCGAAGUGGCUGAGGAUUUAGAGGGGUAUGAGAAGUGGAAAUCGGGGUUUUCGUUGGAGGGGAAGAGUGAAGAAAUGGAAGGGUUGCUGAGAGAGAAUGAGGGUAUGGAGAGUGUUUACAAGAGGGUUGUGCCUAAUGUCGUUGACCGUGAUACGUUUUGGUUUAGGUAUUAUUAUAGAGUUUAUAGGUUUAAGAAAGCUGAGGAUAUGAGGGCUAGGCUCGUGAGGAGAAUGUCGAGGGAGGAGGAGGAGUUGAGUUGGGAUGUUGAAGAUGAUGAUGAUGAUGAGCACAGUGACGAAAAUAAUAAGCGGAAAGAAGAAAAUUCUAGUGGAACAGAGAAAUCGACUGUGGAACAAAUGUAUAAAUCUUUUGAGGAUGGGUCUAAGGAAGGAAAGAGAGGUGAUUUAUUGCAUAGAAGGGGAAGUGGUGAUAAGAAGGAUGAGCCUGUUGGAGAAUCAAAGGUUGACAAGAGUAGCAAGGAAAUGGGUGAUGGAAGCAAGAAAAAAGAGGAUGCAGUGGAUGACACUGUUAACAUGAAUGAUUGUGCUGUAGAUUCUGAUAAGAAAAUGGUCAUGGAACAGACGAUUGAUAAUGGAAAAGAUUCAUCGGUUGAGAAGGAGGAGUACCUUGAGUGGGAUGAGAUUGAGGAUCUUAGUGGAAUUGAUGAAGAGAAGGCAACUCAAACAGGGAGCCCAACCAAAGUUGAUUUGCGGAAGCGCCUCAGUACUGCACAACAACAACAACAAGAAGAAGACUUAAGUUGGGAUAUUGAAGAUGAUGAUGAUGAUAAGCCUCCUAAUGCUAAGGUUUGAGAAAUAAGUGUGGUUUUAAUAACACGAAGUAGCACUCUUUUCUUACUUCUAUAUUUGCAUAGAUUUCUUAGGAUUAUCACUUUCACAUUAUAGAUGUAUGAAAAACAGCAAUUUGUAUUGAUAUGUCGGCGCUUGUUAAUUUUCAUCAUAUGUUAUAUACACAUAUUGGGUGAGUGUCUCCUCUGUACUUGUUCAUUUAUUUGAUAACCAGCAAAUCAAUAAUAGUUUGAAAUUCUCUA